AUGCUGUCGGAAGGUUACCUUUACAGGAUCACCUACCUUUGCAAAGAUCACUUCAACUCUGAGCUCUACAGAGAGAGUGCAGCAGAGGAAGCAGCAUGUGAAAUGAGGCCCAUGCGAGGCUUCAGGUAUUCUUCCACAGAUGAAGCACAAGGAAAAAGUCUCUUUCAGAGAUGCAGAUCUGCUGGCAAAUGCAUUUCCUCAGUCCAUUCUAAAGGCAGCAGACAUAUCGGUAAGCAGAAAGAUAAUCUCCCGCAGCCUGCCAAGCACCCACCCUCUGAGGGGCAGACGCCUCCAGCUGUGGACAUCUGUGAAGGGCUGACGAGAAAAGAUGCCUACCUGGUUCCAUCUUCCUGUAAAAGCAUUUGCAAGAACUACAACGAUUUGCACAUCGCUGGGGACUACGUGAUGCCCAUUAGCUCAGUAGCAACAGAUUUUACUUGUGACAGUGGGAUAGGUCCCUUCUUGGAGUCCUCAGAGAUCCCACCACCAAUGGAGUCGGUGAAAGUUCCCCCCACCGACACCAGUCGCAAACCAGCUCAAGGCUACUCAUCAUGCUGGCGAGCGGCAAGUUUAGUGCCGCACCACCAGCCCCUCUCCGACUCGGCCCUGAACGACUACCUAGAACAGAAGCUAGUGGAACUGUAUAAACAGUAUAUCAUGGACAGCACAGUAAACAGGGCAUCUCCCACUCAGAUCCUGGCCUCUGAGCUUAUCAUGACUAACGUAGACCAAAUCAGCAUGCAGAUAUCACGAGAGAGAAAUAUGGAGACCACCAAGGCCAAAGACAUUGUCAUUAGCCGCUUCUUACAAAUAGCCAGUGAAAAAAUAUCCUCAGAAAUUAGCACACCUAGUCUGCAUAUUUCCCAAUAUAGUAACACUAAUGCGUAA